AGAUUGUCAGGCAUAUCGGAAUUUAAAAAAGUUUAACAUUUUACAGCUUUAUUUGUUUGUAAAUUCAUGUAUUUUCACAUCAUUUUUUGUUUAAUACAUGAAACGUAAUGUUUCAGAUGAACUGGCAGAAGAUGAAAUUGAAGAAGAACUGUCACAAACUUCAGAUGAAAGCGAAGGAGAAGAAGAAGAAGAUGAUGAUGAUUCCACCUACGAAGAUGGUGACAGUAACAUCGUAGUUGAGAUGGACAUAGAUAUCAAGAAAGAGGUUGAGGACCUGGAAGAGGUUGAAGAAGUUAUGAUCACAGGUGACUUCGACGGACCAUUUGUUUCAGACGCCUCCAGCUCUGCAGAAGAUUUGCUCUCUUGUGCAGACUGUGACUUCAAGUCCACAAAUAAAUCCCAUCUUAGGAAACACAUACGUUCACAUCGGGAGAAACUUUUCAGUUGCGAGUUAUGUGAUUACAAGACUUCUAGAGCAAAUGACCUUGACCGUCAUUCGAGGAGACACACGGGUGACAAGCCUUUCAGAUGUGAGUAUUGCAGUUACGAGGCAACUAGGUCGGAUGCCCUGAAAUUGCACAUUAGGAAACAUACCGGCGAAAAGCCUUAUUUGUGUGAUUUUUGUGAUUAUCGGUGCGCUGAUCCUUCGGUAUUUAAAUGUCACAUUAAAAUACAUUUGAACGAGAGAUCAUUUGAGUGUAAGGAGUGUGGUUACAGGUGUAUAAGAUCGACUGAUAUGAACAGACAUAUGAAAAGACACACGGGAGAAAAACCGAUAGAAUGUGAGUUUUGCGAGUAUAAAACCGCGCGAGCCAGUGCGUUGAAACUACACAUGAAACGUCAUUCGACACAAUAUUCGUGUGAGUUUUGUGACUUUACCACCACUCUACAACGGCAAUUAAAACAACACCUAACGACACACUCCGAUUACAAACCGUUCAGUUGUGAGUUGUGUGACUUUAGGUGCAUUCGGUCAACUGAUUUGAGGAGACAUCAUUUGAGAGCCCACAUCACAGAGAAGCCUUACAACUGUGCGGACUGUGGUUAUAAGACAGAUAGAUCGGACACUUAUCAUAGGCAUUUAAUGCAGCAUACUGGGGAAAAGCCGUUUGCUUGUGAGCUAUGUGAUUACAGGGGGACAAGGGGGAUCUUUCUGAAACGACAUCUGCUGAAAAAGCAUCAGACUGGGAAUUUGUUUGUGGCGAAAGGGUAUACAUGAUAGUUACUGUAGUACAGAGUGUACCUGAAUCAAUCAAUCAAUCAAUCUAUAGAUUAGAGAGAAGAGCUUGAGAUCAACGAAUCAUAUUAUAUUAGAUUAGUCUUGAAAGGCUGAAGGUAUUAGAUUAGAUUUCUAUAUUUCAUUAUGUAUAAUUAAGUUACUCAAUGAAAGUUUUAUUGAAUGAGCAAAGCGAAGUUCUAGUUAGAAGUUGUUUUUUUCAUACAUUUUACAAAUACAAUUCACAGGUCAUUAUAAUGAUUCUAUAGAUAAAGUUCGUUAGCCAACGAGAUUUACUCAUCCCUUCGUCUUUUUUACAUUAUAACAGGUAGAUAACAGGAUAGCAUUGAAAUACCAUAAGAGAACUUUUUAGUAAAUCAUCGUUCCAAAUCGCAUGUUAGUGGUGGUAAUGAAAUCAUAAAUUCUCCUUGCUCAAGGGUUUUACGUAUCAUAUCGUACAAGAAUUCUCGUAGGCUACGAUUCCAGUUGUGGAUAAAAAACAACAUACGAUUUUCACAAAAAAUAGUUGAGCCUUGUUAUCCAAUUCUGUAAUGGUCUCCUGCUUGAUAUCAAUAAUACAAAUAUAAUUUCACAAAAUUUCCCUUCACUCGCCAGCAGAUGAUCAGAUUCAUCAUCCAAUUGAAUCUGAACUCAUUAUACAGUGUUUACAAACUCCCUACAAAUAUUCUAGGUUAGGGCAUUGUUCCUGGGUACGAAAUAUUCAAUUAAAUUUCAAUUCAUUUAUUCACACACACAUACAAAAUAAAUACAAUUGAAUACAUGCAAAACAACAACAAAUAAUCACAAUAAAACAGAAUAAAAUAAUAGUGGUGCAAAUUAAUAUAUGAAUAUCAUUUUCAAACAGUCCGAAAGUCCUUAGUUGAUAAAGGCUGAAAAACAAAACUGUAUUCUAAUUAUUUUAAUGUUACUGUAUUAAAAUUGAAAGAACAACAAUAAUUUUUAAUGCAGAAAUUUUUGGGAAAGGAGUGCUAAGCUAUAAAAAAAUUGUCAAUAUCCCUGAAAUUAGCGAGUUAUUCAGUCCAGGAGUUUAUAUAGAUUACAAUAUAUGGUAGCCUAUACUUGCUCAUGUGUAUAUCUAACAAGGUAUUACAAUUUAAUCACUGAAUUUAAGUGCGACUCAAUACAUUCAAUGCGAAUCUUAAAUGUGUUUUAACAAUUAGUCAAAAAAUGCAAUCUAUUAGUCAUUGUCAGUUAACCAAAUUGGAAAUCUUUUAUAAAAUUUUGAUCGAGCUUAAUGUAGAUAAACGUUUUAUUAUCAACUCCAUAGACUAUAAGUAUACCUUAUUAACUAAAUUCUAUUGAAAUAUGCUGUAAAUAAAAUUAUGAUGUACCUAUUUAUAUUUAUAUAGUACCCACUAUAAAGUUAUUUCAAUGUUAUUAUUGAAUCUAAAUUACAAAUAAAACUAUUUUUAUUUU